UUUUGUUACGACAGAGGAAAACAUUUUAAAGCAACAGAAAUAUUGUAAUAUUAUUAAAAAAAAUACUGUUAAAUAUUAAAAUGUCGAAUAGUCAUUUGUUUUUAAAAUCUGGAUUUCCUCGAGCUCCUUUGCAGAAUGGACUGGGUCGUUAUGUGUGUCAACUUCAGAGAGUUACUCUGAAGUUUUGUAAAAAUAAUGGAUCGAGCAAAGGCAUGCGGGAAUUCAUUGAAAGUAAUUUAAUUGAUUUUGCCAAAGAGAAUCCUGGUGUGGUAGUAUAUGUUAAGCCUAGACGUCACCGCACUCCUGUAUUAGUGGGAGAAUAUCUUAAUGGAGAACGUGAGUGGUUAAAUUGUCGAAACUCAUCUAAGGAUGAUAUUCUCAAGUGGAUAGAACUAUUGAAAACCCAAAAUGGUCCUUCAAGUGCAUCCCGUUUACGAAAAAUGUGGCAUACAGAUGUACCAUCAAUUCAGGGCCCAUGGACGCCCUUUACCUUGCGCAAUCCUGAUCAUAAUUUAAUUACUUAUCCAAGUUCUGAACUAUCAUAUCCUUUGGAUGUUCAACCCUCAGCUACAGAAAAAUUAAUUGAAUUAUUUAGAGAACAAAAACUUACUGAUGGAAAAUCAGAUAAUGAAAUUUUGACCUCAAAACGAGCUGAAUAAAGCACAUAUAAAAGAUUAAUUGAACUUCCAA